ACAGUCGUAGAGUCCAGGGGGUUUUGCUCCUGCUCGUACCGGUGUCGAAACACUGCUGUUAUUCUGCUCUCAGAGAGGCGCCACGCUAGCAUCACAAACGCACACUCGUGGUUCAUUGGCAGUGAAAGAUAAGAGGGAGUGUUACAGCUUUACCUUAGCCGAUAAUCAUCUCCCAUUCACUUGCAGAAUACCACGUACACGUUCUGCGUCCCCCCCCUCACCCAUACAUGUUCGUACACAUGCAUCACAUAAGACAGUGACGCAGAUACAACAAGUCUGUUCACACUCUGGUGGGAGCUGAAACUCCUGCUGCUUGUCCUCAUUCAACGGAGCAUGGCGUCCGCAGAGAGAUACACACAUUGUCUGAUUCUCAUCGGCCGGCGCUCUUUCCUAUUGCCAAUAGAUCCUGAUUUAUCACAAACCAGAGGUCUCAGGGGCAAAACACUUCAAGCAGGGCACGCACACACACACACACACACACACAGCACGGCAUCCUGUGAUAGAACCACUAUCGGCACCUGACACCUCGAAAACAGGAAAAACGUAUCAGCAGGAACACAGAUGUGUUGGAGCGUCUGGAGGAGGAGCUUGGACACAGCUAUAUAAUCGCCGUCGUCAGAAACCUGAACUCCACUCCGCUGAGGAAGGAGAGGGGCUGCCUCCGCCAUGUCAUACUAUGAGCAUAUCGUCCUGGACUAUGACUUCAACGACACAGGCUCUGGUUCUGGCGACCUGGGGGCGGAUUUAGAGGAGCCCUGCGAUGUGGAGCACAUAAUGACGGCUGACCUUCAGCAGGUCUUCUUGCCCGUGGUGUACGCGCUCAUCUUCACCCUGGGCAUCACCGGGAACGGCCUAGUCGUCGUUGUGCUGGGCUGCCAGCGCAGGUCAAAGUGCAGCCUCACAGACCGGUAUCGCCUCCACCUCUCAGCUGCUGAUCUCCUCUUUGUCCUGGCGCUGCCCUUCUGGGCCGUGGACGCAGCCAUGGGCGACUGGCGCUUCGGAGCGGCCACCUGCGUCGGCGUGCACGUUAUCUACACGGUCAACCUGUACGGCAGCGUGCUCAUCCUGGCCUUCAUCAGCCUGGACCGCUACCUGGCAGUGGUCCGGGCCACGGACACCAACACGGGUGGACUGAGGCAGCUGCUGGCUCACAGACUGGUGUAUGUGGGUGCCUGGCUCCCUGCUGGCCUCCUGGCGGUGCCUGACUUGAUAUUCGCCCGGACUCAGGAGGGAGGAGAAGGGGCCACUCUGUGCGGGAGAUUCUACCCAGCAGACAAUGCCCCACUCUGGGUUGCAGUCUUCCACCUGCAGCUGGUCCUGGUGGGUCUGGUGAUCCCAGGCCUGGUCCUCCUGGUUUGCUACUGUGUCAUCGUCACCAGGCUGACCCGAGGCCCUCUGGGGGGCCAGAGGCAGAAGCGGCGAGCCGUCAGGACCACCAUUGCGCUGGUUCUCUGCUUCUUCGUGUGCUGGCUGCCAUACGGAGCAGGAAUCUCCGUGGACGCUCUGCUGCGUCUGGAGGUCCUGCCGCGCGGCUGCGGCCUGGAGGCCGUCCUGGGCGUGUGGCUGGCGGUGGCCGAGCCCAUGGCAUUUGCACACUGCUGCCUGAACCCUCUGCUGUACGCCUUCCUGGGGGCCGGGUUCAAGAGCUCGGCCCGCAGAGCGCUCACACUGAGCCGAGCCUCCAGUUUGAAGAUUUUACCGCGGAGGCGCCCGGGGGCCUCCACGACCACAGAGUCCGAGUCCUCCAGUUUACAUUCCAGCUAGUGUUAGCUUGACUUGUAUAUAUGUGUAUAUACUGUGAUUAUGUGUGUGUGUGUGUGUGUGUGUGUGUGUGUGUGUGUGUGUGUGUGUGUGUGUGUGUGUGUGUGUGUGUGCGGAUGUAUACACAAAAUAUCUGAGAGAGUAAGGAGCAGUCUGCUGGCCCACGACUUGUCUUCUCACUUCCUGGUUUCUCUUGUAAAUACUGUUCUCAGGUUUGUUUUUUUAGUUAUUCUGUGUUUGUUGUCUACUGUUGCAAAUGUUUGUAAUAAAAUAUACAA